GUUCAUCAAUCACAACAUGUUCAGCCCAACUGCCAACCGCCCCCAAACCACAUUGUGAGGUGAUUCACUUGCCCAAAUUGUUGCACUCGAACGAGCCAGGAAAACCGGGCAAGGCAAGGAAACCAAGCCAAACGAGCUGGCCUUUGCUCUUUCCCGAACCCCGGACACGGGCAACUUUUGGAUCGAUUAGAGCUUGGCUGAGAACCGAAUCAUGCAAUUUGGACCUGCCGAGACCUUUGAGGAGCUUCUUCGGAAGAUUGGCACCGGUCUGCAGGAGGUGAAUGAGCACGUGCAGAAACUGCAAGAGUAUGGCAAGGAUCCAGCGCGACUCUCGCGCACCUUCUCGAAGGCAUCGUUGACGCAUCUGCCUUCCCAGUCGUUGCCGCCGACAGAGGAGCUGCAUGCCGAGCGCAAGGUGAACUUUCACUUGCGCUCCACGGUGUCUACAGUGUCAGAAGAAGAUGAGGGUCCGGUCGUCCGGAAGAAGCGGCCCUCCUUCUUGCAAGACUUGAAGGAGCACGCAAUAACGUCCACCAAGACCCUUGCACAGAUGUCUCGGCAAGUCUCCCAGCACUAUGUGCCCCGGGAUCCCUGGACUGAGCAUGCGGAGAAAGGCAAGAACAACGACUUCCAGGACUUCUUGGAAAAUUGCGUGGAGAGAUACGCGCUCAGGCGGGACACUUCUCAAGGACGUCAAUCCAUAGAAGAAAGCUGCUUCGAAAGCGAAGAGGCCAAGUGUUCAUGCCGAAGCAGGUGCUGCUGCAACAAGAGGGCGAUGAUCCAUCCGCAAUCGAGGAGGAGGUUAAUCUGGGACAGCAUCAGCGUCAUUAUGAUUAGCUUGGACAUGAUCAUGCUGCCAAUGAUCUACGGCAUGAAUAUGGAAGACAUGGCGGAGAUGUUAGUUCUGGAAUGGAUUUGCACGAUCUUUUGGUCCGUGGACAUGGCUAUCACAUUUAUGACGGGAUACAUUCGGGGUCCAGACGUCAUCAUGAACCCGCAGAAGGUUGCCUGCAACUAUCUGCGGACUUGGUUUAUUAUCGACUUUACGAUUGUGGGCUCCGAGUGGGCAUCUCGCAUCACAGAGUUCGUCAACGGCCUCAAUGCCUUCCGCGCUGCCCGCGCCGUGCGCGUGCUGCGCGUGGUGCGCGUGGUACGCCUGAUCCGCCUGGCGCGCUUCGUGAAGACCUUGCACAAGUUCACGGAGAUGACUGGCUCACUGCGCCUGCUCAUCCUGUUCAAUGUCGCCAAGCUGACGGCGCUCCUGCUGCUCGCGGUGCACAUCUUCAGCUGUGGCUGGCACUUUGUAGGCUUCUACACGCCUGGAGGCUGGGUGGAGAAGGAGAACUUCUUGGAUCAGUCCGUGCUGGUGAGGUACAUUGCGGCGGUUCGCUGGACGUUGGCGCAGCUGAACGGUAGAACCGAUCGACAGGAUCGGACGUUCGUGGAGAUGUCGUAUGUGGCUUUUGCCGCGUGCUUUACACUGAUCUUCAUGUCCAUCUUCGUGUCAAGCCUCACCUCGCGAAUGCUUCAGCUGCAACAGCUCAUGGACAAGGAGUCAGGUUACAAGCGGCUCUUGCAGAGAUACAACGAGGUGCACAACUUAUCAUGGACAACGGUUUACCUGGCAAGGCGCCACAUUGAGGACCGCACCAAUUUGGAGAGCGACAUGAACUUGGAGAAGGAGCUGUUGCGUCUCUUGCCGCUGCAGACCCAGGCGGAUUUGCUGUCAGAGGUGCGCUUUCCUUUGCUUGUGCAUCACCCGCUCUUCCGCCUUCUUCGCGGCGAAUUCUACUCGGCGAUGCGCAACGUGCUGAUUACCGCUGUGAAGCAGGAGCCCACCCGGCACAUGGAGACAAUCUUUGCCAAGGGCAGCGUGUGCCACCAGAUGUAUUUUGUGGAUGGUCGGAAGCUGGUCUACAGCAAGGACACUGGCCUCAAAAACUGGCUGGCCAUUUGUGGUUUGGACUUCGAGCUGCAAACUCGCUCUGCUGCAAACCGCAUGCGGAAUCUGCUACGGGGUCACAGGGCAUUGCAGGCCCAAGAGGGGAUUCUCAGCACCUACGAGCUUUCAGAGGGCACCUACCUUUGCGAGGCGAGCUUGUGGGUGGACAAGUGGCACAACCAGGGCGACUUUGUGUCCUUGGCCCACAGCAAACUGGUCGCCAUCAACAGUGACGCCUUUGCAGAGGCCGUGGCCAAGCACGAAGACACCUUGAAGCUGGUGAGCCUCUAUGCGCGGAACUAUGUGGAGAUGCUGAGGGCCUUGGCGGAUGCGAACCAGGUGCGUAGCGACCUCCUGGAUAGCGAUCUCUUCACUAUGCUCGGGGUAGAGAAGCCAGAGAGCCGGCCCGAGAGGGCGGGCUCCAUUGACAGCUCGCAACGCCUGAGUUGGGCACGGACCAGCUUGGUGAACGUGCUGAAGGGAUCGGCGCCAUUCCUUCGUGGUGCCUCUGGGUCUUCUGACUCGGAGUUUGGGCAAGUCAUAUCCUUUACUUCGAGCUCGAAGUCAUCCUUGGACUUGGGCCCUGCGCACGACUUUCAGGCGCGACCAAGCCGUAUGACAACAAUACUGUCGGAAGACAUGGAAGACUACAGGAGGGCUGACAAGGAGGACGGCAAGCCCAGCUCAGCCGGAGGUCUGGGCACGGAGGUGUGCUUGGAGGAGCCUUGGAGGGUAUCGCUGUGAGAAAUCAACCGAUUUCCUUUGCCUUAAGGACAUCAAGCGGUUUGUGGCUCCACGUGGUGACCCGACAAACCGCUUUGCAUGUGUGAAGUUGCAUACGUUGUACAAAGGUUCCGGGUUUGACACAUCCUUCGGGCCAGCGCGACCCAUUGUGUCAGAUUGUGGAAGCUGGCUGCAAAGAGACAGCAGGCAUUUGGCCAGCUAAGCUAGUCAAAAUGUUUGUAAGAAGCUAAUGAGAGCCCCCAUGGCGGCCUUGUUGUUGUUGUUGUUGUUGUUGUUGUUGUUGUUGUUGUUGUUGUUGUUGUUGUUGUUGUUGUUGUUGUUGUUGUU